AUGCUAAGGUAACACUACCUCCGUCUCUGUGCUGGGGCUGCAGGCCUGGGAGGCAGAGCAGACAGACUGUUCCCCAUGAACAGACUGAGGAUUAAGCCCAGCCCAGCCCAGGCUCCUCAGAGGGGGCAACCAGGCCUUGAACAAAGCCCCUGCCUUCAAAACUAAACGGAUGGUGUGUACUAGUGAUGCGCAGGUUUAGGGUCAUGAAAUAUUAUAUUUGAAUAAAAAGAAAACAAUGCAUAAAAAAAUCCAUUAAUGUAUAAUUAUUGUGGAAUUCAUAUCUAUAGGCUACAUUGAGGUUUUUAUUUUAUUAUUUCUAUCUGGCAUUAGCGCAUAAUCCUAAACUUUAUGGCCUAACUGUACGCGUACCGACUGAAACCUGGCACAGUGGACGCUAUUCUGUUUCUCAACAGUGCUGCAAAGAAAGUAAGACUGAGGAGGCAAGUAUAGCCUCAUAACUAGACAGUGGGUACUUUGAUUUUCAAAACACGUGUGUUAUGUUUAUUUUCUAAGCCUAUUUUAUUUUUUUAUUAUUCAAAUGCCUGUAUAAGGUAUUAGCCCACACAGGCAGUCGGCUUUCAAGGUGUACGUUUUAUUAUUUCACAUUUUGUUUAGUUUCAGCAAAAUGAUAGGCGACUGACUGUUCAAUAAGCCUUUCAAAUGAAUAGGCCUAAAUGCUCAUGAAAAACGUCAGUGUUCAAUAAAUUCUUCAAGGGCAAAGUAGCCUAAUUGUACGGUGCAUUUUCACAAAAACAUGCAGAAGUGUCAAUUUAGGCUAUUUGAAUUUUUUCUUUGAGCAAAACAUUAGGCUACUUACUGUUCAACAGGCCUAAAUAUUUAAGUCCAAUGCAGCCAUUUUGAACUCUAUCAAAUCAUUUCUGGGUUAUAAUUAAGUACCUUACUGUGAUUGUUUUCAGUUAAAAUGGUCAACAAGAAAAAAAUGGCUUCUUAGCAAAGAGCAAUUUUUCAAGCCAUAAUUUAGCAAGGACUGUCUGGGAGUGGUCUUAGUGGGGAGGGGAAAACUAGCUGUUAUUGGCAGAGAGGUUUGAAACUUUCUUGUUGGUCUAUUAAUUAUUUUACCACCUUGCCAAAACUCCAUCCCACCAAAACUUUUCAAACAGCUCUUACACAAAGGGUAUUAUCAUAAUUUUCACAAUUUCACAGCGUUAUUCCAACCUUGUGUGUGUAUAUAUAUAUAUACAGUGGGGAGAACAAGUAUUUGAUACAUUUUGCAGGUUUUCCUACAUACAAAGCAUGUAGAGGUCUGUCAUUUUUAUCAAAAUCCAGAAAAUCACAUUAUAUGAUUUUUAAGUAAUUAAUUUGCAUUUUAUUGCAUGACAUAAGUAUUUGAUCACCUACCAACCAGUAAGAAUUCCGGCUCUCACAGACCUGUUCGUUUUUCUUUAAGAAGCCCUCCUGUUCUCCACUCAUUACCUGUAUUAACUGCACCUGUUUGAACUCGUUACCUGUAUAAAAGACACCUGUCCACACACUCAAUCAAACAGACUCCAACCUCUCCACAAUGGCCAAGACCAGAGAGCUGUGUAAGGACAUCAGGGCUGGGAUGGGCUACAGGAUAAUAGGCAAGCAGCUUGGUGAGAAGGCAACAACUGUUGGCGCAAUUAUUAGAAAAUGGAAGAAGUUCAAGAUGACGGUCAAUCACCCUCGGUCUGGGGCUCCAUGCAAGAUCUCACCUUGUGGGGCAUCAAUGAUCAUGAGGAAGGUGAGGGAUCAGCCCAGAACUACACGGCAGGACCUGGUCAAUGACCUGAAGAGAGCUGGGACCAGAGUCUCAAAGAAAACCAUUAGUAACACACUACGCCGUCAUGGAAUGAAAUCCUGCAGCGCACGCAAGGUCCCCCUGCUCAAGCCAGCGCAUGUCCAGGCCCGUCUGAAGUUUGCCAAUGACCAUCUGGAUGAUCCAGAGGAGGAAUGGGAGAAGGUCUUGUGGUCUGAUGAGACAAAAAUAGAGCUUUUUGGUCUAAACUCCACUCGCCGCGUUUGGAGGAAGAAGAAGGAUGAGUACAACCCCAAGAACACCAUCCCAACCGUGAAGAAUGGAGGUGGAAACAUCAUUCUUUGGGGAUGCUUUUCUGCAAAGGGGACAGGACGACUGCACUGUAUUGAGGGGAGGAUGGAUGGGGCGAUGUAUCGCGAGAUCUUGGCCAACAACCUCCUUCCCUCAGUAAAAGCAUUGAAGAUGUGUCGUGGCUGGGUCUUCCAGCAUGACAACGACCCGAAACGGCUCCGUAAGAAGCAUCUCAACGUCCUGGAGUGGCCUAGCCAGUCUCCAGACCUGAACCCAAUAGAAAAUCUUUGGAGGGAGCUGAAUGUCCGUAUUGCCCAGCGACAGCCCCGAAACCUGAAGGAUCUGGAGAAGGUCUGUAUGGAGGAGUGGGCCAAAAUCCCUGCAGCAGUGUGUGCAAACCUGGUCAAGACCUACAGGAAACGUAUGAUCUCUGUAAUUGCAAACAAAGGUUUCUGUACCAAAUAUUAAGUUCUGCUUUUCUGAUGUAUCAAAAACUUGUCAUGCAAUAAAAUGCUAAUUUAAUUACUUGUGGUUGCGGGUGAACAAACAGCUGACCCGCGCAUAACUAGUGUUCACUGCAGAUUUGAUGACACACUAAUGCCCAAUUCCAAAUCAACCACUAACAUGGCAUUUUCUAAGGACUGGAUGGAUUAGACAUCUAUGUGAGGUAAUCACCAUAUUAUGCCUAAACCUGAUAGUUUAGGCAGAUGUUCACUGUCAGCUGAUCCACAGGUAUUUUAUUGAUCCUCUUCUGAUCCAACCACUAAAGUGUUCUUCCUCUGACACGAUGUGGUGGUUGGUGAGCUCCGCCCUUUCCCUGAGACUCGUUUAGCCCUCCUUACCCCUCUCCUCCUCCUACCAGCCCACCUGACUUUCUAAGUCCAAUUACAGAGGGUUGCUGAGCGUCCAGACGGCCCUGAGAGCUUUGUGCUUACCCAGCGAGGAACGCACCCUCCUUCUUUCUUCCUCCAAACCUCCUCCAAAUCUCCCUCUCUAGCUCCCAUUAACACGCGCCUCUCCCUCGCUCGCUCCUUUCGUUUCCCUCCUCCCCCUCUCUCGCGCAUUAUCCUCCCCUCCUUUGGUGGGACCAGCUGCUGCUAUCAAACAUUUCAGUCGUUCCUUGUGGGCUCCUCUCUCCGUUCUGUUGCUGCUCCCCUCCUGCAGCCACCUCUCCGCUCUGCUGCCAGCGUCACCACCAACGCCCCUUUUCAGACAACACAGGGACAGACAGACAGUACUCCUCUCUUCUACUGACAAAAUGACAUCCGUUCUGGACCUCAACCAGAUUGCCAUUGCCUGUUCGACCAUUAGUGUUGUGGUGAGUGGGACUCUGUCUGUUUGUGUGGGGUUGUGUUUAUCGCUGAUACGCUAGUCACCCCUGUGGCCUGCCUGUUGAUCGUGCUCUGACUCUUGAGCAGCGCUAACGAAGCUAAAAGCAAGCUUUCAGGGGUGUGUGUGUGAUUUCUCUGCUCUGGCAUGUGGCGAUGUGGGCGAGCGUAUGACUGAGGGAACGAACAACCUGCUUCACAAAUUUGGGGGCUGUGCCCAGCAGGUGGAGUGGAUGAAUGGUGGUGAGGGUGGGGGUUUAGCACUGGGAGGGGUGGGGUUUAGAGGACAAGAGAAAGGUCUCUCUCCUUUGAGGUGAAGGCCCGCUCCUUCUCUGCAUUCCCUGUGAUUACAGGAAUCAAAUAUGACACAGUUUGUUUUCCAGUCCCACUCACUCUGUUUUUUGUGCAGCAUUUCUCUUAGAAAGGAGAAAUUAACCACCAGCUGGGACUAGGAGGUUUAUUUUUUAAAUGGCUGCUCUGCUUGCUUGCGGAGUCACGGCCUGGUGCCACUGUGUGGACUGGACCAGACUGGUUCCUGUCCUUCCUCCUCUGGGAUCAGUGGCUAUACUCCUGUCUGUGGCCAGGCCAGACUGGAGCUCUAGUCUAAGAGGGAAACAGACUCCUACCAUACAAUGGGCAGGUUAUCCAUCUCUCCUCCUCCCUGUGUCUCUCUCUUUCACCACAGAUUACUUGGGGAUGUAGCCUAAUGUUGGCACAGAGCAGACUGUUGAAUGUUUAUCAGAAUCCUGCCUCGCCUCCUGCUGAGCCAUCCUUGAACCUCUCUUCCUCAUUUAGCACAAAGUGGUUCUGCAAAACAACGCCACUGAUAUGAUUACAUGUUGCUUUUCUUUCUGUAAUAUGGAACAGUGUAAUUUUGUAAUAUGGAACUAGUUUCAACUAGUUAACACAGCCACAAAGUCAGAAUUGGCUACAAAAAUGUACUUUUUUUGUCAUUAAUUUAGGGUUAGGCAUAAGGUAGCAGUGUGGUUAGGUUUAAAAUCACAUUUUAAGAAAUUUUAGAAAUGGGCGGGUUUAGCCAUAAUUAUGACUUUGUGGCUGUGGGCUCUGUGUUGUCGUGGUAACCAAUAGUGUUCAGCUUGUGUGUUCUCUUUAAAAUGGAACUGACAGUGUUUUAACUACUUUGCAGAUAUCAAACAGACAAUCAUAAUAUCAGUAAAAAAUAUCAAAUUCCCAGUUUAUGCUACAAAACCAACUUUAUAAAAGGUUUUAUAAAUAGGUUAUAUUUGACUCAACAUUCCAUGAUGUACACUAAGGCAUUGUUGGCAGAAUAGAUGGAUGCAAUUUAAUGCAUGAUUAAUAUAAUUCACCAAUACAUUAUUUGGUCAAUCACAGCUGGCCUGGUACAUUGUUUGUUGCCUCCAUUCGGGAUGCACUGUUUCAGUUUCAAUGACUCAAUAUUUUGGACAAAAACUGAAGUAUGUAACUAAGGCUGGGAAUGCCAAUCCAAUCAAACUAGUAAAGGCAAUGAUCACAAGUCAGUCAUAAUGUGGCUAAUUGGCUAGCGUAUUUAUUUAUGUAGAAGGCCAAAAACACGGAGCCUAAUGUUAGCUAGCUAGCUGGCUGCUAGGAGGAUGUCAUGUCAAUAGAGGAGUGGGUGGGUGAGUGACUGACUUUUUUUCUCCUCAUAUCGUUUUUUGGUGGCUAUACACAGCUAGAGAUGCAGGUGUAAUUUGGUUAGCUAGCAAGAACUUGAACGACUUAUCCAGUUAGCAUAUCUCUUGCAUUCGCAAAUUCACUCUGGCGAUCUACUCCGAUUUCAGAGCACUCUCAUCUGAGUGUGAAUAACUGAUUAAUUUACAAACGUGCAACACCCUCUGAAUAUGACCGGUCUCAGUAAACAUAGGCAAAAAAAAGUAAUAGUUAGUCACGAACGCUCUAGAUAACAUGUAAACAGCCUAACCAGAUCUGCUAGGGUGAGUAAAAUUGUCAGUGAGGUGUUCGCUCAUUUGUGUCUGGAAGUAGCUAGCUAGACAACUUUAGCAAGUUAGCUUGGGUGCUUGGUUGGGACAAGCAUGCAUUGGCAGGCAAGCUGCAGAAGCACGAGUAGGCUACAAUUCCCCAUCGUUUAUCAGUGCAAUUUUGACGGCCAACUAGCUGAAAAAGUUUGAGAGGGUUUAUCUAAUGUUCCUUCGUUAGAUUUUAGCUAAUCUUGCUCUGGCUAGCAUUAGUUGUUGAUCUUGUUGAUUUUCAUAACUGAGGGAGGGAGAGCCUACCUUUUCAUGGUUGUUUGAUCAAUAGGAAUGUAAAGUUCCAAAUGUAAGAGGACACCCGUGGUAUUUGCAGAAAUCCUUUCAGGUGUAUUUUGUGACCAUCGAGAGCAUCUUGGCCGGUUGCAUCACCGCCUGGUAUGGCAACUGCUCGGCAUCCGACCAUAAGGCGCUACAGAGGGUAGUGUGUACGGCCCAGUACAUCACUGGGGCCAAGCUUCCUGCCAUCCAGGACCUAUAUACUAGACGGUGUCAGAGGAAGGCCCCAAAAAUUGUCAAAGACUCCAGUCACCCAAGUCAUAGACUGUUCUCUCUGCUACCGCACGGCAAGUGGUACCGGAGCGCCAAGUCUAGGUCCAAAAGGCUCCUUAACAGCUUCUACCCCCAAGCCAUAAGACUGCUGAACAAUUAACCAAAUGGACACCCAGACUAUUUGCAUUGACCCCCCCCCCCCCCCCUUUGUUUUUACACUGCUACUACUCGCUGUUUAUUAUCUAUGCAUAGUCACUUUACCCCUACCUACAUGUACAAAUUACAUCAACUAACCUGUACCCCCGCACAUUGACUUGGUACUGGUACCCCCUGUAUAUAGCCUCAUUAUUGUUAUUUUAUUGUGUUACAUUUGUUUUUAUUUUUUAUUUUUGACUUUAGUUUAUUUUGUAAAUAUUUUCUUAACUCUAUUUUUCUUAACUGUAUUGUUGGUUAAUGGCUUGUAAGUAAGCAUUUCACGGUAAGGUUCUACACCUGUUGUAUUCGGCGCAUGUGACAAAUGACCAUAUCGAAGUGCUCACUUUUUUACAUGUCAUAUUGUUCCUGGGGGUGUAUAUGAACAGAUUAAAAUAAAAUGUAAUGUUGCUAAAAUGCUGUCAGUUCCACUUUAACUAGGAAGUGGCUCCUGUUGUCAUUUAGAGGGGGUAAAUUGCAGCAGCUGAGCCCCUCUCCCCAUCACCUGACCCAUCCACUGUUGACAACCACUGCAGUACCUCCCUCUGCUUUAGUCACAACAAGCCAAAUAUCAGCAGUGCACAGCACCCUCGACCUUGUGCCAGGAACACUCUAAAACAAACAAUGAGGCAGAUAGGCCUAUGUCUGUUUUCUGCAUUUUGGGGACCGCUGCUGGUUUCAAUGCAUUGAGUGUUUUGUUUUUGUCUUCGUCUUUCUGUCAGGCUUCCAUUUCAUCUGGUAGUUAAAAGCCCUAGGCUACACAACACAUUUUUGUUUGGUUAGACUACAGUUGUGGCAACAGAAGUGGCAACCUCUACUGAAGCCUCUUUGAUCAGUGACUAGACUGUGCUCUGAAGGGCACCUCACAUGAAGCCUCCAUCUCGCACACAAACAACCUUUCACACAGCCUGGCCUUUCAACCGUCUCUUCUAUUUUUACUCCUCCGCACCUAGCUACUAUAGAGUGUCAGUCUUCCAGGUGUCAGCUGGGUGAGAACAACCACACACCAUGAAUUAUGAUUUGAGUGAUGUUAUUGUCCUCAUCAGUGUCUAUUCCUUCUCCAAUGUACUGAUUAUCAUAGGGUGUGUAUAUGUUGAUGCUUUUUGUAGACAUGGGGUAUGCAUGCAGCCAGCAGAACAGCCUGGUUUAGCCUAAUCUCAGUGUGGCAGCCAUCCAGUGAGAUCUGACGCAGUACAGAACCUCAAACCGCCAUCUCUGUGGUUUUCAACUGCACCAAUGGACGGAAACUGAACACUGAAGCAGGCACACACAUUUAGAAGUCCUCCUCUAUUUGGGUCUCUGCUUCUGAAUUACAGUAUUCGAUUCUAAAAUGGCCACCACACCAUUAUUGCUACCAGACCAAAACAUGCACCACACACAAAGUUGCUGAAACCACAACACCAGUUUGGCUUACAAGGCUGUAGUAGCAGUAUGCCUACUAGUAGGGACGUCAAACGUUCAGCCUGCUGCAUGACCCUAUGUCUAGCGUCUGGUUAAAUUGUGCUUAGGAGCAUUUUUAAGUCUCUCCAUGGUUAAAGUAGGAAGAAAUAGAUGUAAUUGUUGUAAAAAUGUGAAUGUGCUACACAGACACAUGUAGUAUACUCAAUUGCAUUGAGGUUUGUCUGUUAGAAGAGCUCAAACGGUAGAUAUUGGUGUGUGUGUGGAGUAACUUUUAUGUAUUGGUCUUCAAAAUAUCACAACUUAUUUCAGCAUAUUGAUUAUGAAUUUGGACAUCUAAAACCGGUGUUUUGACACUCGGCCAUAAAUCAAUAAGCCAUGACAACAGGAAGCAGCAACAGUAUCAUUUUCAAUGUAUGUUUUAGGAAUAUAAAUGGUAUAUAAAAAAAAAAAUCAACAUGAUUCUACUUUAUCAGUAAAAACUACUGAAUGAGCCCAAAAACGUGCUAUGAUUUAUUGAUUUCGAUGAUAUUAGUGAAAAUAUGUUUGUUCUGGCUACUACUAGUGUAUGGUUGUAUCACAUCUCUAUAUGCAUUGCCUUCAUUUAUCUUGUUAUGUUGAUGUUAUCCUGUGUUGGAUAAACUUAUGAUUGUGUGUGUCUGGAAGAAGUUGUGACCUGUUAAGUGACAUUCAUAUGGAAUUAGAGGCAGGACUAAGGGCUGUGGAUGGACAGCUAUUUCCAUCCCUAGAUAAUUAGGAUUAGCCAGACGUCAGCUGACGUUAUCUGGUGGCAGGCAGUGUGUCUGUGAGACAGAACAGGGAGCGGGCCCUGCUUCCUUAUCCACACAGAAUCUAUGUGUGUGUGUGUGCGGCAGUGGUGUGAGACCGAACAGUGUGGACACGCAUGCGGCGUGGUGCCGAGCUGCUUACACGCUGUCAUUGUCACUACAGCUAUAUGGGUCAUGAUCCAGCCUCCAUUAUCAGUCUGGAUCAUCAUCAUGUACAGUUCCUUCAGAAAGUAUUCAUACCCCUCGACUUAUUCCACAUUUUGUUGUUACAGCCUGAAUUCAAAAUCGAUUACAUAAGAAAAGUCUCACCCAUCUACACACAAUACCCCAUAAUGACAAAGUGAAAACAUGUUUUUAGAAAUGUUUGCAAAUGUAUGGAAAAUGAAAUACAGAAAUAUAAAAUUGACAUAAGUAUUCACACCCGUGAGUCAAUACUUUGUAAAAGCACCUUUGGCAGCGAUUGCAGCUGUGAGUCUUUCUGGGUAAGUCUCUAAGCGCUUUGCACACAUGGAUUUAUUUUUUAAUUCUUCAAGCUCUUUAGAGUUGGUUGUUAAUCAUUGCUAGACAGCCAUUUUCAAGUAUUCCCAUAGAUUUUCAAGCCUAUUUAAGUUAAAACUGUAACUAGGCCACUCAGGAACAUUAAAUGUCGUCUUGGUAAGCAACUCCAGUGUAUAUUUGGCCUUGUGUUUUAGGCUAUUGUCCUGCUGAAAGGUGAAUUUGUCUCCCAGUGUCUGUUGGAAAUCAGACUGAACCAGGUUUUCCUCUAGGAUUUAGCCUGUACUUAGCUCUAUUGUUUCUUUUUAUCCAAAGAAAUUCCCUAGUCCUUGCCAAUGACAAGCAUACCCAUAACAUGAUGCAGCCACCACCAUGUUUGAAAAUAUGAAGAGUGGUACUCAGUGAUGUGUUAUGUUGGAUUUGCCCCAAACAUAACGCUUUGUAUUCAGGACAUUCAUUUAAUUUCUUGGCCAAAUGUUUAGCUGUUUUACUUAAGUGCCUUAUUGCGAACAGCAUGCAUGUUCUGAAACAUUUGUGUUCUGUACAGGCUUCCUUCUUUUCACUCAUUUGUCAUUUAGGUUAGUAUUGUGGAGUAACUAUAAUGUUGUUGAGCCAUCCUCAGUUUUCUCCUAUCACAGCCUUUAAAGUCAGCAUUGGCCUCAUGGUGAAAUCACUGAGCGGUUUCCUUCCUCUCCGGCAACUGAGUUAGGAAGGACACCUGUAUCUUUGUAGUGACUGGGUGUAUUGAUACACCAUCCAAAGUGUAAUGAAUAACUUCAUGCUCAAAGGGAUAUUUUUUUAUAAACAUUUUUAUCUACCAAUAGGUGCCGUUUGCGAGGCAUUGGAAAACAUCCCUGGUCUUUGUGGUUGAAUCUUUGUUUGAAAUUCACUGCUCGACUGAGGGAUCUUACAAUCAUCUGUAUGUAUGGGGUAGUCAUUCAGAAAUCAUGUUAAACACUAUUAUUGCACACAGUGAGUCCAUGUAACUUAUUAUGCGUUGUGUUAAGCACUUUUUUACUCCUGUAUUUAUUUAGGCUUGCCGUAACAAAGGGGUUGAAUACAUAUUGACUCAAGACAUUUCAGCUUUUCAUUGGUAAUUAAUUUGUACACAUUUCAAAAAAAUAACAUUCCACUUUGACAUUAUGAGGUAUUGUGUGUAGGCCAGUGACACAACAUCUCAAUGUAAUCAAUUUUACAUUCAGGCUGUAACACAACAAAAUGUGGAAAAGGUCAAGGGGUGUGAAUACUUUCUGAAGGCAUUGUAGGCUACCUGCUGAUUGUUCCACUGAAGAGGACCCUGUUUUAAUGAGUGCUACUGAAUGAAAUGCACAUCCUUUGAGAGAAUGAUUGAUUUUCUGUCUACUACUGGCACUUAGAAGUGUCCUACUCAGUGGAUGAAUUAAUAAUUAAUACGUGUUUUUCCUGAAAUCUGCACCUCCUAUAGUGCUAUGACUGGCACUAAAAGGCUGGCCCCUCUAAGCUCCACAGACACCCAAGACCAUGCUGUCUUGUGUGUUCCAGGAGCAUGACAUCGAGACCCCCCAUGGUGUCCUGCAUGUGACGAUGAGUGGCACCCCCAAGGGCAACAGACCUGUCAUCCUCACCUACCAUGACAUUGGACUCAACCGUGAGUACAGCACCACACACACACACACACACAGGCACUCAUUAGCCUAGCUAGGCUUUGAAAUCUCUCCAAACACACCUAAAUACACUAAACAAAAAUAUAAACGCAACAUGUUAAGUGUUGGUUUCAUGAGCUGAAAUAAAAGAUCCCAGAAAUGUUCCAUACGCACAAAAAGCUUAUUUCUCUCAUUAUGUGCACAAAUUAGUUUACAUCCCUGUUGGUGAGCAUUUCUCCUUUGCCAAGAUAAUCCAUCCACCUGACAGGUGUGGCAUAUCAAGAAGAUGAUUAAACACACAGGUGCACCUUGUGCUGGGGACAAUAAAAGGUUACUCUAAAAUGUGCAGUUUUGUCACACAACACAAUGCCACAGAUGUCUCAAGUUUUAAGGGAGCAUGUAAUUGGCAUGCUGACUGCAGAAAUGUCCACCAGAGCUGUUGCCAGAUAAUUUAAUGUUAAUGUCUCUACCAUAAGCUUCCUCCAACAUUGUUUUAGCGAAUUUGGCAGUACGUCCAACUGGCCUCACAACCGCAGACGUAUGGCGUUGUGUGGGCGAGCGGUUUGCUGAUGCCAACGUUGUGAACAGAGUGCCCCAUGGUGGUGAUAGGGUUAUGGUAUGGGCAGGCAUAAGCUACAGACAACAAACACAAUUGCAUUUUAUCUAAGGCAAUUUGAAUGCACAAAAAUACCGUGACGAGAUCCUGAGGCCCGUUGUGAGGCCCAUUUUUUUAAAGGUAUCUGUGACCAGAUGCAUAUCUGUAUUCCCAGUCAUGUGAAAUCCAUAUUUUAGGGCUUAAUGAAUUUAUUUCAAUUUGACUGAUUUCCUCAUAUGAACUGUAACUUAGUAAAAUCACUGAAAUUGUUGCAUGUUACAUUUAAAUUCUUGUUCAGUAUAUAAUAUAAUGUUCUCGUUAGAACAGUUGGAGAUGAUGUAAGAAGCUGGAUGGUUAAAUGUAGACAUCUUCUUUGACUGUGGGGAUAUGAGCCACUAGAUCAGACUGGAUCACCCCAACACUUGGCUGCCUCAAUGGAAAACAACACUAAGAGUGUUUUAGUAUCAGUGUAUUUUUGAGUUGAUUACUGGUAUGGGAUUUGUUGAUUACAUUUAGUGUUGUAGUUCUUGUUAGAUGUCAAGUUGAGUAGUAUGUGCCCCAAUGAGAUGUCUUUUAAACAGUGUGUGUGUCUCUUCCCCCUACAGAUAAGUCCUGUUUCAACACGCUGUUCAAUUUUGAGGACAUGCAGGAGAUCACAUCACACUUUGCUGUUGUCCACGUGGAUGCCCCAGGACAGCAGGAGGGUGCUCCCCCAUUCCCUACAGGGUAAGAGACCAGUUCACUCCUCAGUCAUCAUCCUCAACAUCAUCUAAAAUAUGACAAAGUAUCACCACAAUCAUGACUCAUAUGAUGAUAUUAUUGUCAUUAUUUGUAUUUUGUCUGUCCCAGCUACCAGUACCCUACCAUGGAUGAGCUCUCUGAGAUGCUGCCCUCUGUCAUGACUCAACUGAAGUAAGUUCUCCUGCAGUGUUUCCAUAACUACCUCUUGCACUGUCUUUAGGAAAGCUUCUAAAUGACUUUAUUAUUGAGUCUUCAUCAAGGCCGAUAUUGUUCUCUUCCCUUUCCCCAGGGUGAACAGUGUGAUUGGGAUUGGAGUUGGAGCUGGAGCCUACAUCCUGUCCAGACUGGCUGUAAGUCACCAUUCCUCUAAGUCCCCCAUAUACCACAUUAACUCCUGCUCAACCACAGCACAUGGUGGUUUCCAAACAUAUAGCAGAAUUAUUUGUUAAUACAAAGGGCUUACAGAGCGGCCCUAUCCAUAUAUCCACACCAUUAAAUCUCAUUCCCCAUCUUCCUCCAUCUCCACCAGCUAAUCUCAGAACAUGUUGACCAGCAGAGCCAUCACGCUGCCUGCUCUUAUUACCAGCUCCAUUUAAUCUCUCUAUAAAAAGAUAGAGGAUUUGAAUGAAUCAGAUUGUCUCGAGAGUGCAUAACUGGACUGAUGGAGUCGUCAUGCGAGUCUCAUGUGGCAUUGACCAGAUGUACAGUGCCUUCUGAAAGUAUUCAUACCCCUCGACUUAUUCCACAUUUCUUUGUUACAGCCUGAAUUGAAAAUGGAUUAAAUAUAUAUUUUUCUCACCCAUCUACACACAAUACCCUAUAAUGACAAAGUGAAAACAUGUUUUUAGAUAUUUUAGCUAAUUUAUUGAAAAUGAAAUACAGAAAUAUGUAAUUUACAUAAGUAUUCACACCCCUGAGUCAAUACAUGUUACAAUCACCUUUUGGUACGUCUCUAAGAGCUUGGCACACAUGGAUUGUACAAUAUUUACACAUUAUGCUUUUUAAAAUUCUUCAAGCUCUGUGAAGUUAGUUGUUGGUCAUUGCUAGACAGACAUUUUCAAGUCUUGCCAUAGAUUUUCAAGCCAAUUUAAGUCAAAACUGUAACUAGGCCACUCAGGAACAUUCAGUGUCGUCUUGGUAAGUGACUCCAGUGUAUAUUUGGCCUCGUGUUUUAGGUUAUUGUCCUUCUGAAAGGUUCAUUUGUCUCCCAGUGUCUGCUGGAAAGCAGACAACCAGGUUUUCCUCUAGGAUUUUGCCUGUGCUUAGCUCUAUUCCAUUUAUUUUUAUCCUAAAAAACUCCCUAGUCCUUGCCAAUGACAAGCAUACCCAUAACAUGAUGCAGCCACCACCAUGUUUGAUAAUAUGAAGAGUGGGACUCAGUGAUGUGUUAGAUUUGCCCCAAACAUAACGCUUUGUAUUCAGGACAUUAAGUUAAUUUCUUUGCCACAUUUUUUGCAGUUUUUACUUUAGUGCCUUAUUGCAAACAGGAUGCAUGUUUUGGAAUAUUUGUAUUUUGUACAGGCUUCCUUCUUUUCACUCACAGUAUUGUGGAGUAACUACAAUGUUGUUGAUCUAUCCACAGUUUUCUCCUAUCACAGCAAUAAAACUUUGUACCUGUUUUAAUGUCACCAUUGGCUCAUGGUGAAAUUCCUGAGUGGUUUCCUUCCUCUCCGGCAACUGAGUUAGGAAGGACACCUGUAUCUUUGUAGUGACUGGGUGUAUCGAUACACCAUCCGAAGUGUAAUGAAUAACUUCAUCAUGCUCAAAGGGAUAUUCUGGGUUUGCUUUUUUAAAAACUCAUCUACCAAUAGGUGCCCUUCUUUGCGAGGCAUUGGAAGGUGGUCCUCUGUAGCUCAGCUGGUAGAGCACGGCGCUUGUAACGCCAAGGUAGUGGGUUCGAUCUCCGGGACCACCCAUACACCAAAAAAUAUAUAUAUAUGCACGCAUGACUGUAAGUCGCUUUGGAUAAAAGCGUCUGCUAAAUGGCAUAUUAUUAUUAUUAUUACUAAAACCUCCCUGGUCUUUGUGGUUGAAUCUGUGUUUGAAAUUCACUGCUCAACUGAGGGACCUUACAGAUAAUUGUAUGUGUGGGGUACAGAGAUGAGGUAGUCAUUCAAAAAAUAAUGUUAAACACUAUUGCACUUAGUCCAUGCAACUUAAUAUGUGACUUGUUAAGCAAAUGUUUACUCCUGAAGUUAUUUAGGCCUGCCAUAACAAAGGAGUUGAAUACUUAUUGACUCAAGACAUUUUAGCUUUUCAUUUUUUUAUUAAUUUUUAAAAAAUAAUUCAACAAACAUAAUUCCACUUUAUGAGGGAUUGUGUGUAGGCCAAUGACACAAAAUCUCAAAAAGUCAAGGGGUGUGAAUACUUUCUGAAGGCACUGUAUAUUACUGUACAAAUAUUAGCUUGAUGCUUAAUAUCGACCCUAUUUCCCUCCAUGCACUGCACACCACAGUGUUCCUUGGCGGAGAUAAUGCAUUCUGAAAGUAGGUGUUUGUGAGAGGAAUACAUUAAGAGCAGAGAUUACUUGAGGAGCGGCGUUAAUUAUAGUUAAUUUAAGCCCUGCCAACAUCGGGCUCAUUGUGGAGGUGUGGAGGAGAGAAGGAAAGCAAGAAACAGGGGUUGGAGAAAAGAUUACACUCAGUUUCUGUCUUCAUACAUACUCCCAAGUGGGUUAAGACCUCGUUUGUUUUAUCCAUCGUCCUCACUAUCUGUGGAAGUGUGAAUUGGAGGCUGGGGAAUUGGGUGGGGGAUGAUGUGGCUCUAAGUUGUUGGUAAGAGCUGUGAAAGAUGUCUAGUGCUGGGCUAUAACAUGAAUAUUUAGGUAUGUGUGUGUUGCCUUUGCUACUGGCCCUGGCUAUAAAGUGGGAGGGACAGGGUUCCUAUCCAACCCAACACAGUGCGGUCAGUGUACUGUCAAAGGAACCCCCUCUCCUCUUCUCUCUCUCCCCCCAGCUUAAUGAGCCUGCCCUGGUCGAAGGUCUGGUCCUCAUCAAUGUGGACCCCUGUGCAAAGGGCUGGAUGGACUGGGCCGCCUCAAAGGUGAGAACACACGCUCACACACUUCAAUGCUAACUCUGUGCAUUGUUUUCUCAUCGUAGAGACCUAAUAGAUUGGCACCUUGGAACGUAUUAUUUAUUUAAUCUUGUUUCAGAUGUCCGGCUGGACCAGUAACCUGGUUGACAUAGUGAUGGCCCACCACUUCAGUGACGUGAGUCUGGGGGCAGUCUGGAGUGGUGGGAGACUAGGAUAGGAGCAAACUGGAGGAAUACUGUGGGUGGUUGACAGUGAUGUAACUAUCUGUGCCCUCUCCUCAGGAUGAGCUGUCUGACAACCAGGAGAUCACCCAGACAUAUAGGCUGCACAUUGCCCAGGAUAUUAACCAGGACAACCUGGCCCUCUUCUGCAACUCCUACAACAGGUACAGUACUGUACAUAUAACCCCAAGAGGAACUGACCGUGUAGUUGGGUUGAAUGUGUUUAUUUAUUUAUUUAUUUAUUUGUUUGACAGCCGUCGGGACUUGGAGAUCGAGAGGCCCAUUACUGGUCUGACUGAGGACACAGUGAACACACUGAAGUAUGUUUAUAACUGUAUCUCUGUAUCAAGGUUUACGUUAGGAAAAUGUGGCGCCGGACAACGUGACCAGGAAGAUUUUAAUUUACCGGCCAUUUGAGAAAUGUACUGGACCCAUAUGCAUUGGGUGCGUAACCCAUUAGGGCAUCCACCCAUGGUGCUAAGAAUGACAGAAAUCACAUUUAAAUUAUGGUCAUUCAUCUUAACAGAACAUACAACUCCUGUAAUGAGGCAGCCAAUAAAACAUAUUUUUCAAACAUUUGCCAAAAUGCAAUUUGCGGGAAAACACCAUUCCAUAUGUGACAGAGAUGAAAAUCUCAGUUAGAAACUUAGAAAUAGGGGGGAAUCUAGAGAUGCAACAACUAGAAUGGUUUGCUAAUAUGACUAAGAUUGUGCCUUUGGCUUCUGGACAACAAAAUAAAGUUGAAAUAUGAAAACCAAUAGAACAGGAGAGAAAUGCUGGUUUCAAUGGAAUAUGAAGUGAAGUUUCAAGUUUUAAUGUCACGUGCACAAGUACAGUGAAUUUUCUUUCUUGCGAGCUCCAAACCCAACAGUGCAGUAAUCAAUAUCAAUGUAGCACUAACAAUAACAUAAGGUAGAACAAAAACACACAAGAAAUAAGAACACAGGUUCAGUUUUAAUGCCAUAUUUACAAUGUGCAGCGAUACUGGAGUGAUAAGAGGUAGAUAUGUAUAGUUUUGAGGAAGUCUAUAUAAAAUAAUUGCCUCUGUUUCAAUGGUCGGAUUUUGCCUAGGCUACUUUGAAGCAAGGUAAGACAUGCCUCAUAAUAAGAAGUAGAACGUUCAGGUUUCAAACAAUUAAGUAUCAGUUUUCAAAAUGUAUACUGGCCCCAGCUCACAUUGCAAAGUGGUGAGUGACUCGCUGAUAGCCUGCCUAACGUUGCCUAUGCACUUGAAUGGCGAAUGGGAAGCGCACUUCAAUUACCAGUUGAGAAAUAAAAAUAGUAGGCUAGCUCUUAAAUCGUGGCCAUCAAAACUGUUUUUAACCCGCGAUUGCAUUUAGAAUUGUUGCGCAAUAACUGGGCUUAUAUUAAAGCACGUUUCAGUCCAGCAGCAACGAGCUAAGAAGCUGCAGCUCUAAUGCUGAGGUGAUAUUCUGCUCAAUAUAGGCUCUGUGUGCGUGUGAUAAUUAAGAUACAUGACGACUAACAAAAAUACACACCCACCAAUUUAGUGCAAAUUAACCUAUAAACCGAUAAUCAUGACUGUCAAAUGUAUUCACAUCCACUGGUAUUUAAUCAAUGAAUAAAAUACACUGCUCAAAAAAAUAAAGGGAACACUAAAAUAAAACAUCCUAGAUCUGAAUGAAUGAAAUAAUCUUAUUAAAUACUUUUUUCUUUACAUAGUUGAAUGUGCUGACAACAAAAUCACACAAAAAUUAUCAAUGGGCAAAUUUAUCAACCCAUGGAGGUCUGGAUUUGGAGUCACCCUCAAAAUUAAAGUGGAAAACCACACUACAAGCUGAUCCAACUUUGAUGUAAUGUCCUUAAAACAAGUCAAAAUGAGGCUCAGUAGUGUGUGUAGCCUCCACGUGCCUGUAUGACCUCCCUACAACGCCUGGGCAUGCUCCUGAUGAGGUGGCGGAUGGUCUCCUGAGGGAUCUCCUCCCAGACCUGGACUAAAGCAUCCGCCAACUCCUGGACAGUCUGUGGUGCAACGUGGCGUUGGUGGAUGGAGCGAGACAUGAUGUCCCAGAUGUGCUCAAUUGGAUUCAGGUCUGGGGAACGGGCGGGCCAGUCCAUAGCAUCAAUGCCUUCCUCUUGCAGGAACUGCUGACACACUCCAGCCACAUGAGGUCUAGCAUUGUCUUGCAUUAGGAGGAACCCAGGGCCAACCGCACCAGCAUAUGGUCUCACAAGGGGUCUGAGGAUCUCAUCUCGGUACCUAAUGGCAGUCAGGCUACCUCUGGCGAGCACAUGGAGGGCUGUGCGGCCCCCCAAAGAAAUGCCACCCCACACCAUGACUGACCCACCGCCAAACCGGUCAUGCUGGAGGAUGUUGCAGGCAGCAGAACGUUCUCCACGGCGUCUCCAGACUCUGUCACGUCUGUCACAUGUGCUCAGUGUGAACCUGCUUUCAUCUGUGAAGAGCACAGGGCGCCAGUGGCGAAUUUGCCAAUCUUGGUGUUCUCUGGCAAAUGCCAAAAGUCCUGCACGGUGUUGGGCUGUAAGCACAACCCCCACCUGUGGACGUCGUGUCCUCAUACCACCCUCAUGGAGUCUGUUUCUGACCGUUUGAGCAGACACAUGCACAUUUGUGGCCUGCUGGAGGUCAUUUUGCUGGGCUCUGGCAGUGCUCCUCCUGCUCCUCCUUGCACAAAGGCGGAGGUAGCAGUCCUGCUGCUGGGUUGUUGCCCUCCUACGGCCUCCUCCACGUCUCCUGAUGUACUGGCCUGUCUCCUGGUAGCGCCUCCAUGCUCUGGACACUACGCUGACAGACACAGCAAACCUUCUUGCCACAGCUCGCAUUGAUGUGCCAUCCUGGAUGAGCUGCACUACCUGAGCCACUUGUGUGGGUUGUAGACUCCGUCUCAUGCUACCACUAGAGUGAAAGCACCGCCAGCAUUCAAAAGUGACCAAAACAUCAGCCAGGAAGCAUAGGAACUGAAGUGGUCUGUGGUCACCACCUGCAAAACCAGUCCUUUAUUGGGGGUGUCUUGCUAAUUGCCUAUAAUUUCCACCUGUUGUCUAUUCCAUUUGCACAACAGCAUGUGAAAUGUAUUGUCAGUCAGUGUUGCUUCCUAAGUGGACAGUUUGAUUUCACAGAAGUGUGAUUGACUUGGAGUUACAUUGUGUUGUUUAAGUGUUCCCUUUAUUUUUUUUGAGCAGUGUACAUUAUUUUGCAAUGGGAUUGUUUUUUCUCCCGGUCAAUUUGGCCAGCAACAAUUCUAUUUAUCGGCUUUUCGGUUUUUUUAUUGGCCAAAAGCUGGCAAUUACCAGCUAACGGAAACCCUGCUCUCUCUCUCUUUUUCCAUCAUCGCAUCCCUGAGGGGUAUACUACAAAUCAGGAUCAAGGAGUUAGCCAGCUAACUUGCCUAAAUAUUCUGAUAUAACCUUUAAAAAAAUUGAAAGAUUAGCUUGAAAUGGGCAUGGUCUAAUUGAUUAAAUAAACAGUUAGCUGGCUAACUCAUUGAUCCUGUAUUAUACCCCUCUGAGUGUUGACUGUGUUUGUCCCUCCUGUCUCUCCAUCCAGAUGCACUUCUCUGCUGGUGGUUGGUGACACGUCCCCGGCUGUCGAUGCUGUGGUGGGUGUCCACUUUAUCUCCAUGGCAACACAGUGGCGAAUGAGUCAGGGGUUCUGAUUCCAAUACAAAAUAUCAAACCCCCUCAGGGACAGAGUUUUCUGUCUUUAGAGAGGAUACUGGACAUAGCCUUUCUGAAGAGGAGGGGCUAGACUCUAAACCCUGUCUGAACUUCUGUCUCAUCUCUCUCUCUCCAUUAUAUACAGGUUGAAUGCAACUCCAGGUUAAAUCCAACCAAAACAACCCUUCUUAAGGUGUGUUCAGUUACUCGUUUCUUUGUAGCAAUAUGAGUGGUAAUGCUAUGUGCUCCCUGCUGUUUUGCUCUUUAGUAAUGCACAUGAUCUGAAUGGUGCGUAGAUGAGUUUCAUCAUUCUUGGAAGUGUUCAUAGGCCAGUGAAUGUGUUUUGGCUAAGGGCAUGGUCCUUUCUGUGAGGUUCUUCACUCUGGGCAUGUUCCUGAUUCUCUCUUUACUUCCCUAUAGAUGCAAGACUGUGGUGGGCUUCCUCAGGUCAUCCAGGUGAGUCAUGUACAAGUUUUGUGUUUAGCUUAAACUACUAAAUCUCAAUGGCCAAGACAACUCUUACUUAAUUCAGUUUUAUUUUUAAAUGGCUCAGUUUUCUGUUUUUGUCUUACAGCCGGGUAAACUCGCGGAGGCCUUCAAAUAUUUUGUCCAGGGAAUGGGUUACAGUGAGUACUGCGCAUUAAAAUCCUCUAUUAUUAUGUCUCCUUCUCAUGGUACUUCUGUCCUCUCUAGUGUCAGAGGUAAUGUUGGAUUUGUGUUUCUUCAUGGUCUGGUUGUAUCAAUCUGUUGACAUGUUAUAUGUGAUCUGUUGUAUGUCCUGUUUACUGAAGUCCCUCUGUCUCAGAAUGAGUCAUCAGUCCAACUGAAUUAUAGUUCAUUGAACGCUGCCCUUUCAGGCUGCAGCCCUCCCCACAUGGACAUCACACACACACACACACACACACACACACACACACACACACACACACACACACACACACAGUUCUGACCUAAACUAAGACUCAAGCAUAAUGUAGAAUUCCUGUAGGACUUCAAGAAUAGAGCGGAACCACAGUAGCUACCUACAGUUGAAGUCGGAAGUUUACAUACACUUAGGUUGGAGUCAUUAAAACUCGUUUUUCAACCACUCCACCAAUUUUUUGUUAACAAACUAUAGUUUUGGCAAGUCGGUUAGGACAUCUACUUUGUGCAUGUUUUCCAACAAUUGUUUACAGACAGAUUAUUUCACUUAUAAUUCACUGUAUCACAAUUCCAGUGGGUCAGAAGUUUACAUACACUAAGUUGACUGUGCCUUUUAAACAGCUUGAAAAAUUCCAGAAAAUUAUGUCAUUGCUUUAGAAGCUUCUGAUAGGCUAAUUGACGUGGAUGUAUUUCAAGGCCUACCUUCAAACUCAGUGCCUCUUUGCUUGACAUCAUGGGAAAAUCAAAAGAAAUCAGCUAAGACCUCAGAAGAUAAAUUGUAGACCUCCACAAGUCUGGUUCAUCCUUGGGAGCAAUUUCCAAACGCCUGAAGGUACCACGUUCAUUUGUACAAACAAUAGUACGCAAGUAUAAACACCAUGGGACAACGCAGCCAUCAUUCCGCUCAGGAAGGAGACGCGUUCUGUCUCCUAGAGAUGAACAUACUUUGGUGCGAAAAGUGUAAAUCAAUCCCAGAACAACAGCAAAGGACCUUGUGAAGAUGCUGGAGGAAACAGGUACAAAUGUAUCUAUAUCCACAGUAAAACGAGUCCUAUAUCGACAUAACCUGAAAGGCCGCUCAGCAAGGAAGAAGCCACUGGUCCAAAACCGCCAUAAAAAAGCCAGACUACGGUUUGCAACUGCACAUGGGGACAAAGAUCUUACUUUUUGGAGAAAUGUCCUCUGGUCUGAUGAAAAAAAAUAGAACUGUUUGGCCAUAAUGACCAUCGUUAUGUUUGGAGGAAAAAGGGGGUAGCUUGCAAGCCGAAGAACACCAUCCCAACCGUGAAGCACUGGGGUGGCAGCAUCAUGCAGGGGGGGUGCUUUGCUGCAGGAGUGACUGGUGCACUUCACAAAAUAGAUGGCAUCAUGAGGAAGGAAAAUUAUGUGGAUAUAUUGAAGCAACAUCUCAAGAUAUCAGUCAGGAAGUUAAAGCUUGGUCGCAAAUGGGUCUUCCAAAUGGACAAUGACCCCAAGCAUACUUCCAAAGAUAUGGCAAAAUGGCUGAAGGACAAUAAUAAUAAUAAUAUGCCAUUUAGCAGACGCUUUUAUCCAAAGCGACUUACAGUCAUGUGUGCAUACAUUUUUACGUAUAGGUGGUCCCGGGGAUCGAACCCACUACCCUGGCGUUACAAGCGCCAUGCUCUACCAAUUGAGCUACAGAGGACAACAAAGUCAAGAUAUUGGAGUGGCCAUCACAAAGCCCUGACCUCAAUCCUAUACAAAAUGUGUGGGCAGAACUGACAAAACCUGUGCGAGCAAGGAGGCCUACAAACCUGACUCAGUUACACAAGCUCUGUCAGGAGGAAUAGGCCAAAAUUCACCCAACUUAUUGUGGGAAGGUUGUGGAAGGCUACCCAAAACGUUUGACCCAAGUUAAACAAUUUAAAGGCAAUGCUACCAAAUACUAAUUGAGUGUAUGUAAACUUCUGACCUAAUGGGAAUGUGAUGAAAGAAAUAAAAGCUGAAAUAAAUCAUUCUCUCUACUAUUAUUCUGACAUUUCACAUUCUUAAAAUAAAGUGGUGAUCCUAACUGACCUAAGACAGGGAAUUUUUACUAGGAUUAAAUGUCAGGAAUUGUGAAAAACAGAGUUUAAAUGUAUUUGGCUAAGGUGAAUGUAAACUUCCGACUUCAACUGUAUAUAACAACAUUUAGUGGAUGUCCAAGGCUGAGGUUACUGAGAACCAGUUGUAUAAGCAUACAAACCAUUAUUGGUAACUGACCAGGGAACUAACCUCAAGCUAACCUUGUUUCCUGUCUGUUUUCAGUGACUUUUAACAACGGGUGUAAGUAGUUGUUUGAUGCUGAGUUAAUAAAUGACUUGUAGUAAGCAUGAUGGUCUGCAUGGUCUCCCCCUGUUCACACACCUCUAAACACUCCUCGAUGUGCUGGAUCUCUGAACAUACUUGGUGUGUGGGAUGAUCUGUGAACACACCUGAGAAUGGUUCCCCAGGUCUUAAGAUACAGUGCCCUAGACAGGGAGGGUGUUUACAGGCCCACAUUUAAGGCUGUGGUUCAUUUAGGCCACGUGUCAAACACAAGACAUUUCUAUCCGGCCCGCACAAUGAUUUGGGUUGUCAAUUCUGCUCUACAAGUCACAGCAAGCACUACCAGUGCCAGCCAGUGCACUGUACCAUAUCGUCACUAAUGGCACUGACCCGAAUCUUCUACCAGACCGAAAGUUUAAAGGUGUUGUAGGCUAAAGAGGUCAUUGCUAUAGCCUACAGAAAAUGUCAUCUUGGUUGUCAAAAAGUAAGUUAAAGGAUUUACACGCGGGUAUAAAUGACUACUAAAGGACAAUAGGACACACAAGCUAGUAUAAAUUAGUCAACAGUUGAGUCAUCUACUUUUUAAAUUACAACCUGAUGCACCCACAUCUGUGAAUUCAAUUUCAAUUGUGCCGCUGUCUUGUGUCCCGUUUACAGCGUGCAGCGGAGGGAAAGUGUACAGACACAUGCCACAGUCCUAGCUAGGAUACUAAGAUGUUGCAGUCUGGCUUCAGUUUUUAAAGCCUAACAAUGAAUAACCAAAAAACAAAACCUGCAUCAAAACACCAUACAAAGGAGAAACAUGUAGGCACACAUGUAGGCUAUGUUUUUAUUUGGAGUUAUUAAAUACUUUUUGAUUAGGGUCGCAGCAUAUUAUGCACACCUGCAAGCAUAGCAGCAAAGGCUGGACAAAUAUAAUUGAUCUCUUUUGUUUCAAUAUGUUAAAAUGCUAUAUACAGCAAAUGGCCCUUUAUAAGUGGACAUUAUAAAGGGCCAUAUUUUUUGUAAUAAAACAAUGGCCAGUUUGGGUCGUAGUUGUAGGCCAAUGCACAUUCUUUUUGUAAAAACAAACAUAACAGGCUAUGUCUGGCCCUUGAAUUCGUUGUGCUUUUUCAAUAUGGCCCGUGUGCUGAUUUGAGUUUGACACCCCUGAUUUAGGUCUACUGGGAGCAGAUCUGGCUUGUUGAAUGAUUAAUUAUAUUACAAACAUAUUGUAUUUACAUAUUGGGCACUGUAUCUUAUAACUUUACCAAAUUCCAUUGGCUUUCUUUGAUCACUGAGAUAAUUGAAUCUUUUUUUAGCAUUUCAAAAUGUUUAUAUUUUGUUCAUAUUAACAUUGCACAGAAAGGCUUAAGUUGCUAGCUCACAGAGUGGAAAAUGGAAGGUGUUACAUAAUGAAAGCUGCUUGAUUAGAGUCUUACAAUAGUCUGAGUUAUUAUUGUUCUCUCUGUGGAAUCUUUUCAUCAGAAAGUUAAGCCUUCUGUACCCUUGUAAACCUUUGACGUUAUUAGCUUCUGAAAAUAAAAAAAACUCACUUGCAUAACCCUGCACACCCCUACCACCCCUGGCCUCACUCUCCUCUCCCCCAUACCCCCAGCCCUCACCCACUCUCCCCUGGUCCUCACCCCUCCAGUGAGGGCUGGUUCUCCAGGUAUGUUAAUCUCAGUGGCACAUUAGUGUACUCAUUAAAGGCUGCUCUAAGCCCCACAGCAGGGCCUGGCCCCCUGCCCUGGGGACCUGGACUCCCAUGAGCCCAGAGCCGCCUGGCUGGCCUGUUGGCUCCACUCUGCUGAAAUGUGCUGCUUGUGUGUGCUGCUGCCACAGGGACACUCACAUGGGGCUGCUGGAGAGCAAUGUUAGGACAGCAUGGCCUCUACUGAGGGAACCAUGUUGAUACUGCACAGCACUGAGUACCUCCCCUCUGAAAGUUACCCUUGAUGUUUUGUCUGCAACGUGACUACAGAGAGGCACUCCAAGCGGGCUCAGCUCCCCAGAGGCUGACCCGGGGUUGGGUUGGGAUUGGGUGGCCCUUUAUUACACGCCCCCUCACUCCUCCACCACUUGGAAGUUUAGGCCUGUUUGCUUUCCUGCUUGAAGAGACUGGGGAUUAACUAGAUCAACUGACUUAUUCUGGAUACCAAAUCCUAGUAAUUAAAAUGAAAUGGGUUACAGUAUAGGCUUGAAAAACAAUUUUCACUCAAUGCCUGAUGGCUCUCUUUCUUGUGAACCCUCUCUCUGAGGUUUAAAUACACUGCUCAAAAAAAUAAAGGGAACACUAAAAUAACACAUCCUAGAUCUGAAUGAAUGAAAUAAUCUUAUUAAAUACUUUUUUCUUUACAUACAGUGGGGAAAAAAAGUAUUUAGUCAGCCACCAAUUGUGCAUGUUCUCCCACUUAAAAAGAUGAGAGAGGCCUGUAAUUUUCAUCAUAGGUACACGUCAACUAUGACAGACAAAAUGAGGAGAAAAAAAUCCAGAAAAUCACAUUGUAGGAUUUUUUAUGAAUUUAUUUGCAAAUUAUGGUGGAAAAUAAGUAUUUUGUCAAUAACAAAACUUUCUCAAUACUUUGUUAUAUACCCUUUGUUGGCAAUGACACAGGUCAAACGUUUUCUGUAAGUCUUCACAAGGUUUUCACACGCUGUUGCUGGUAUUUUGGCCCAUUCCUCCAUGCAGAUCUCCUCUAGAGCAGUGAUGUUUUGGGGCUGUAGCUGGGCAACACAGACUUUCAACUCCCUCCAAAGAUUUUCUAUGGGGUUGAGAUCUGGAGACUGGCUAGGCCACUCCAGGACCUUGAAAUGCUUCUUACGAAGCCACUCCUUCGUUGCCCGGGCGGUGUGUUUGGGAUCAUUGUCAUGCUGAAAGACCCAGCCACGUUUCAUCUUCAAUGCCCUUGCUGAUGGAAGGAGGUUUUCACUCAAAAUCUCACGAUACAUGGCCCCAUUCAUUCUUUCCUUUACACGGAUCAGUCGUCCUGGUCCCUUUGCAGAAAAACAGCCCCAAAGCAUGAUGUUUCCACCCCCAUGCUUCACAGUAGGUAUGGUGUUCUUUGGAAGCAACUCAGCAUUCUUUGUCCUCCAAACACGACGAGUUGAGUUUUUACCAAAAAGUUCUAGUUUGGUUUCAUCUGACCAUAUGACAUUCUCCCAAUCCUCUUCUGGAUCAUCCAAAUGGACUCUAGCAAACUUCAGACGGGCCUGGACAUGUACUGGCUUAAGCAGGGGGACACUCAGGAUUUGAGUCCCUGGCGGCGUAGUGUGUUACUGAUGGUAGGCUUUGUUACUUUGGUCCCAGCUCUCUGCAGGUCAUUCACUAGGUCCCCCUGUGUGGUUCUGGGAUUUUUGCUCACCGUUCUUGUGAUCAUUUUGACCCCACGGGGUGAGAUCUUGCGUGGAGCCCCAGAUCGAGGGAGAUUAUCAGUGGUCUUGUAUGUCUUCCAUUUCCUAAUAAUUGCUCCUACAGUUGAUUUCUUCAAACCAAGCUGCUUACCUAUUGCAGAUUCAGUCUUCCCAGCCUGGUGCAGGUCUACAAUUUUGUUUCUGGUGUCCUUUGACAGCUCUUUGGUCUUGGCCAUAGUGGAGUUUGGAGUGUGACUGUUUGAGGUUGUGGACAGGUGUCUUUUAUACUGAUAACAAGUUCAAACAGGUGCCAUUAAUACAGGUAACGAGUGGAGGACAGAGGAGCCUCUUAAAGAAUAAGUUACAGGUCUGUGAGAGCCAGAAAUCUUGCUUGUUUGUAGGUGACCAAAUACUUAUUUUCCACCAUAAUUUGCAAAUAAAUUCAUAAAAAAUCCUACAAUGUGAUUUUCUGGAUUUUUUUUUCUCAAUUUGUCUGUCAUAGUUGACGUGUACCUAUGAUGAAAAGUACAGGCCUCUCUCAUCUUUUUAAGUGGGAGAACUUGCACAAUUGGUGGCUGACUAAAUACUUUUUUUCCCCACUGUAGUUGAAUGUGCUGACAACAAAAUCACACAAAAAUUAUCAAUGGAAAUCAAAUGUAUCAACCCAUGGAGGUCUGGAUUUGGAGUCACCCUCAAAAUUAAAGUGGAAAACCACACUACAGGCUGAUCCAACUUUGAUGUAAUGUCCUUAAAACAAGACAAAAUGAGGCUCAGUAGUGUGUGUGGCCUCCACGUGCCUGUAUGACCUCCCUACAACGCCUGGGCAUGCUCCUGAUGAGGUGGCAGAUGGUCUCCUGAGGGAUCUCCUCCCAGACCUGGACUAAAGCAUCCGCCAACUCCUGGACAGUAUGUGGUGCAACGUGGCAUUGGUGGAUGGAGCGAGACAUGAUGUCCCAGAUGUGCUCAAUUGGAUUCAGGUCUGGGGAACGGGCGGGCCAGUCCAUAGCAUCAAUGCCUUCCUCUUGCAGGAACUGCUGACACACUCCAGCCACAUGAGGUCUAGCAUUGUCUUGCAUUAGGAGGAACCCAGGGCCAACCGCACCAGCAUAUGGUCUCACAAGGGGUCUGAGGAUCUCAUCUCGGUACCUAAUGGCAGUCAGGCUACCUCUGGCGAGCACAUGGAGGGCUGUGCGGCCCCCCAAAGAAAUACCACCCCACACCAUGACUGACCCACCGCCAAACCGGUCAUGCUGGAGGAUGUUGCAGGCAGCAGAACGUUCUCCACGGUGUCUCCAGACUCUGUCACGUCUGUCACAUGUGCUCAGUGUGAACCUGCUUUCAUCUGUGAAGAGCACAGGGUGCCAGUGGCGAAUUUGCCAAUCUUGGUGUUCUCUGGCAAAUGCCAAACGUCCUGCACGGUGUUGGGCUGUAAGCACAACCCCCACCUGUGGACGUCGGGCCCUCAUACCACCCUCAUGGAGUCUGUUUCUGACCGUUUGAGCAGACACAUGCACAUUUGUGGCCUGCUGGAGGUCAUUUUGCAGGGCUCUGGCAGUGCUCCUCCUGCUCCUCCUUGCACAAAGACGGAGGUAGCAGUCAUGCUGCUGGGUUGUUGCCCUCCUACGGCCUCCUCCUGAUGUACUGGCCUGUCUCCUGGUAGCGCCUCCAUGCUCUGGACACUACGCUGACAGACACAGCAAACCUUCUUGCCACAGCUCGCAUUGAUGUGCCAUCCUGGAUGAGCUGCACUACCUGAGCCACUUGUGUGGGUUGUAGACUCCGUCUCAUGCUACCACUAGAGUGAAAGCACUGCCAGCAUUCAAAAGUGAACAAAACAUCAGCCAGGAAUCAUAGGAACUGAGAAGUGGUCUGUGGUCACCACCUGCAAAACCAGUCCUUUAUUGGGGGUGUCUUGCUAAUUGCCUAUAAUUUCCACCUGUUGUCUAUUCCAUUUGCACAACAGCAUGUGACAUGUAUUGUCAAUCAGUGUUGCUUCCUAAGUGGACAGUUUGAUUUCACAGAAGUGUGAUUGUUGUUUAAGUGUUCCCUUUAUUUUUUUGAGCAGUGUAUGUUUGUUUCCUCCCUGCCUUAGCUUUCCCCUCACACACUUUAUGCUCAGGCUUUUCACCCACACCAGAAAAACAAUGGCAAGUUUCAGAAAGUACCUCCCCUUUCUGAUCAUGCCUAAACAUUGAAACCGUAGAGGACAAAGCAAUGAGUACAUUACGAGCCUACCCAAACACAUAUUUUAACAUACUGUUGGAGGUUUGUCACUGUAGCAUUCAGACUACUAUACCUUCUGUCAAUUGGCUCAUCCCAGAAGGUCAGUGUUGUGUUGAAAGAAACGCAGUAGGCUACCAGGAGAGUGGUUUGAGUGUGAAUAGAUGGAGCCCAUGUUUGAAUGUUGUUUGAAAGGUCACUUUAGCUCUAUACACUGUAGUUCCGUGGAGGAAUUAUCACAGUGGGGGCACAUUCACCUAACUGAACUGGACCAGACAAUGGACUAGACUGGUUGUCAUGGAGCACACCUUGGUUCAAAGUCCCCUUUAAGGAAUCUCAGGGCCACAGGUGGCAUUCUCUUUAGUUUAAGAGAACAGCGAGAAGGCCUUGGAAGAGUCACAUCCUAGCUAUUUUGACAACUGUUAGGUAUUAACUGAAAAUUAAUGUCAAAGUAUGUACAGUGAUAGAAUGAUCUGUACCUGGUGCCGCUUCAAAUCUCUCCUAGGUAAAGCUGUAGGACACUUUCUUUCUUUUCUGAUCUACAUUUGUGAAGACUGAGCAUUAAUCUGACAGUCUCACCUUAACUUCUUCCCUCCUUUCCUCCUGCCCCUCCGUCAAUGCGAACAGUCCCUCAUGUACUGCUUAGCCACCUGGGCAGCGAAUCAGGUACCAGGACCAUAGGUAGCAGCCUUUGCUGCGCCGGCCUGCCAUCUCUACCUACAGUGCUCUGCCCUCCCCACCCUGUUUGCCCAUCGCUGGUUGACAGCUCACAUUUUAGCCAUCCUCUCAAGUUUUUCUGAUUUUGCGCCAUGAGAUUUGAAGCAUGACAGGUGGUCAUUAUUUUGUAUAAUAUUUUAAGAUUCCUUUAUGUCUCUCUAAAUGUGUGGUUUGAGAGAGUGUGAAUGUUUGUCUGUUUAUCAGGUAACAUGGUUGUCUUCUGUCUUUGUUGCUUUUGUUCUUUGUUAUUUUUCUCUUCUGUACAGAUGGCCCUCAAAUCUCUUGUGCAUGCUGCAUUCUCAUAUUGGCCUUUCCUAUUUAUUCAUUUUUUCUCCGACAGUAAAAAUGAAUUGGAACUCGACCUGAUCAGGCCUCAGAUCUCUUUUCUUUGUGGGAGAAUAUGAACACUGUGAGGGAUUCAGCUCAGACAUUUCAGGCCCCAACCACUUGAAUGAGAUGUAUAUAUUCAUACAGUACUUUCUGAAAUAUGGUGUGAAACCCAGCAUUCCUGCUUAGCUGAUAUCAUUCCACUUGACCCUAACUAAAUGGCAGCGUAGCUAGCAUGAGGUGAACAGUAUAUUGUGAUCAAGUUUUUGAGUCGUUAGGUUAUUAGACUUCAUUAUUCUCCCUGCGCUGCAUACCACCCCAUCUUGAAUUGGGAAUGUUGAUGCAUUUUAUGAUUGUGGUAUGAUCACCAGCAUCCUACCCCUAGCCACAUUCCCUAAAGCAAGCUACCCCUCCCCAAAAACAUUCCUACACAUACAAACAGCAAAUAUCCUCAUACCUGACUUCUUACUGUAAUUGCUCUCCUCUUUCUCUCUUGUCUGUAGUGCCCACAGCCAGUAUGACCCGGCUGGUGCGUUCUCGUACCCACUCUGCCUCCAGCAUGGGCUCUGCGGAGGGCACCCGCAGCCGCACCCACACACAGCUAGAGGGCGCCACUGCCGCCGGCCCGGCUGUUGAACAGGCCAGGCCACAGACCAUGGAGGUGUCCUGCUAAAGCACCCUGCCCAGAAAACAUCCUCCUCCCUACCUCCCUUUCUCCCUUUUUUUCCUUCCCUUUCCCAAGCUCAGUCAGAGAGGAUUGGAAUCCCGAGGGGACGUCUGAAACGUGUUCGGAAAGAUAAUUUAUUAAGCAGUCAGGUCCUCUGCUGUGUUCUCUCUCACUCUCACCGUUUCCUGUUGUCUAUCUAACAUGCCUUUAUGUGCAUGACUGCUGUGGCACGUCACCCUGGAAGUCAGUAUGCAGGCAGGUGAUGCUGCUUUUCUGGUUAUCUAUUUUACGUUUUGCUGUCUACCGCCUCUCCCCGUUAAAGGUGGGAGAGUUUUUUUUUUUUAUGCUU